CACAAUGAAGCUUUUCACAGGCCUCAUUCUCUGCUCCUUGGUGCUGGGAGUCCACAGCUAUUGGCUUUCCUUCCUUGGUGAGGCUUAUGAAGGGGCUAAAGACAUGUGGAGAGCCUACUCUGACAUGAGAGAAGCCAAUUACAAAGAUUCAGACAAGUACUUCCACGCCCGGGGCAACUAUGAAGCUGCCCGAAGGGGACCUGGGGGCGCCUGGGCUGCUGAAGUGAUCAGCGAUGCCAGAGAGAAUGUUCAGAGAGUCACAGACCUUUUUAAGCAUGGAGACAGUGGCCACGGACUGGAGGACUCGAGGGCCGACCAGGUUGCCAAUAGGUGGGGCCGGAGCGGCAAAGACCCCAAUCACUUCAGACCUCGCGGCCUGCCCGACAAGUACUGAGCCGCCUCUCCCUCUGCUCAGGAGACGACGGGGCUGUGAGCCCCCAAGGGCAGGGACGCUGAGCCAGUGGGUUCUCUGCCCACAGAAGCCAGCAGAUCUAAUAAAUGCUUAAGAGAUUGAAUGUUGAAAA